AUGUCUUUGGAGGACUCGUUCAUUUUAAACCCUGAGAACAUGAUUUUUAACGUAUCGCAAGUGUUCAGUAUCAACACAGAGGUCCAGACGCACUACAUUUGGCUGCCCGGUAUUGCUAUCGCCACCGUCUACGGAUUACUAAUAAUUAUUGGACUUAUUGGUAACGUCACGCUAAUGAGGACGUUUAUCACAGUCAAAUCCAUGCGGACUGUGCCCAACCUGUUCAUGUCCAGCCUCGCGCUCGGGGACCUGCUGCUUCUAGUAACGUGCGCUCCGGUGGACGCCAGCCGGUACCUCGCGGACAAAUGGCUCUUCGGCCGGGUUGGAUGCAAACUCAUCCCGUUCAUCCAACUCACCUCCGUCGGCGUCUCCGUUUUCACACUCACUGCGCUCUCUGCAGAUAGGUACAAGGCCAUUGUCAAACCCAUGGACAUCCAUACGUCCACAGCUAAGAUCUGCUUCCGAGCAGCAGCCAUAUGGGUCUUCUCCAUGACCCUAGCUGUUCCUGAGGUGGUCUUCUCCGACCUUCACACCUUCAAAAUCGGCCAGACCAACGACACCUUUGUGACAUGCGCUCCCUACCCCCAUGCUGGGGAUCUGCACCCUAAGAUCCACUCCAUGGCCUUCUUUCUUAUCUUCUACAUCAUCCCCCUUCUCAUCAUUUCUGUGUACUACUGCUUCAUCGCACGCAGCCUGAUCCAGAGCGCCUCAGACAUGCCCGUGGAGGCACACUUACACAUCAAAAAACAGAUUGAGUCAAGGAAGCGUCUGGCUAAGACAGUCCUGGUUUUUGUGGGUUUGUUCGCUGUAUGCUGGCUCCCCAGUCAUGUGAUCUACCUGUACCGCUCCUACCACUACGGCCAUGUGGACACGUCCCUGGGACACUUCGUCGCCAGCGUGGGUGCCCGCAUCCUGGCCUUUACCAACUCCUGUGUCAACCCUUUUGCCCUCUACCUGCUCAGUAAUAGCUUCCAGAAGCAGUUCAACAAGCAGCUCCACUGCCGCCGUCGUCCACCAAUCAACUGUAAUGCUCAAAGCACGGGGCGGAGCAACACGCGACUGACCUCGGUCAAGAGCAACAAUCAGUCUCUGGCUAACUUCAGCCUCGUCAACGGGGCUCAUGUUAAUCAGGAAGGCUGUGUGUAG